UUUUGAGAUCAGUCGAGAAUCGAAUGCCAAGUGGGACGAGUUUUAGUGAAAUACUCGAAAUAUAAUUGUGUAAUUGUAUUUUAUAUUUUUCAUAAUGUACCUUUGUGGUAGUCCGAUUUUGAGACAGUAUUUAGUUAUUAUUACCGCCAACCUAGCUUUCGUUUCCAUAGGCCUGAGCGUAUCAUGGUCAUCCCCAGUGCUGGUUAAGUUGAUGAACAAGACAGAAACUGUGCUGUCCAGACCUGUCACUUAUGAGGAAGGGUCUUGGAUAGUGUCCAUAGGAUCUGGAUGUGGCUUGAUAAUAAACUUCACAAUAGGAUUCCUAAUGGACAAGCUAGGUCGGAAAACCUGUAUGAUCCUUGGAUUUGUACCGCGGCUGGUAAUGUGCUUUAUGCUCAUAUUCGCUAAAGAAGUGUGGGUUGUAUACCUGGCGAGAGUAAUCGAUGGAUUCGCCAAUGCAUGUAUCAUCGCCGCUGUACCUACUUAUGCCUCGGAAAUAGCUAGCAAAGAAUGUCGUGGUGCUUUAGGCACUAUAUCCCAAGUGGCCUCUGGAUUGGGGAUGCUGAUCUUCCUGAGCAUUGGACCGUUUCUGCCUUACUUCGAGUUGCAUGUGAUCUACGCUUGUAUCAUAGCCACUAUCUGUCUCCCUUUGUGGUUUAUACCGGAGACGCCUUACUAUUUAUAUUCGAAAGGUCACAAAAAGAAAUCCUUGAGCACCCUGAUCUACUUACGAGGAUCAGAAGAAUUAGCUCUCGAAGAGAUGAAGCUAUACUCCUUGAGCCAGCCAAAGAUAUCAAAAAGGGAGAUAUUUAGAGACCGUACAAUACUAAAGACUUUAGGCAAAGUAGUGCUAUUGAGCAUAUUUUUAGAACUAAUAGGAUAUAAUGCAGUGAUAUUUUACAUGCAGACUAUACUGCAGUCGACACAAACUUCUGUCAGUGAGCAGAUUGCAUCAGUUAUUAAUGGAUGCAUACAAUUAGUUGCAUCUUUCUGCACUAUUUUUACGACGGAUAGAUAUGGAAGGAAGCCUAUCUUGAUUACUUCGCUUAUGGGCAUGGCUUUGGGGAUGCUUGGAUUGGGUACAUUUUUCCAAUUGAAGUCGAUAGCAGUGCCCACCGUUGGAUUCCUCAACUUCCUGCCUCUCCUGUCCAUGAUGCUGGUCAUAUUCUGUUUUAAUGCAGGUAUGGGCUCCCUAUGUUGGACGGUGGUAGCAGAAUUAUUUGACGGUCCAGCUCGAGCAGUUGGCGCAUCCGUGGCUAUAGGUGUCGCCACUUUCUUUGCCUUCCUACUUACUAAAUACUUCGUAAAUGUGUCAUUUGCAAUUGGUGUUGCAAAUGUGUACUGGAUGUUUACCGGUACUUGUAUCAUUGCUGCCUUAUUUAUAUUGUUUUUUAUACCAGAAACCAAAGGCAAGACGUUUACGGAAAUACAAGAGGAAUUAGGACGUAAGAUUGAGAAGACAGAUCUGAAAUAAAUUAGUGUAAGAUU